AUGCCUCUUCUAGGACCUGGCCUUCCACCUCCACAGAACCAGCAAUUGCCUCCGCAGAUGUUCACUACUGCUGCGCAAUUACUGGAUAUGACUGACAAAAAAUUAAUGGUUACUCUGCGCGAUGGGAGGAAAUUGAUUGGGGUCCUGCGAAGCUGGGAUCAGUUUGCGAACCUAGUGCUGCAAUCUACAAUCGAGCGUAUCUUCGUCCCGCCAACAGAGCCCUCGUCGAAAACCUCAUCGCCUCCAAGACCGGGUUUAUACGCUGAUGUUCCCCGUGGAAUAUUCCUUGUGCGGGGCGAGAAUGUGCUAUUACUGGGAGAGAUAGACCUGGACAAAGACGAUGAUCCGCCACCAGGAUACGAAAAAGCAGAGAUAGAACUUGUGCACAAGCUUGCGAAGGAGAAGAAAGCCAGGGAUUUGAGGAGGGAUAAGAAUAGGCUUAAGAAAUUGAGCGAGUUAGGCUUUGAGGGGGACAGCACAGGAGAGACUUUAUUGUGA